CCAACAUCAGUGAGUCCGCGCGGAUUAAUUGUAUUUUUGUUGGACGUCGGAUAUUAUUCCUGUUGGCACCAGUUGAAAACCGAGACCCCAACCAUUGUGAGCGCGGGCUGAAAAAGCCCACGUCCUUUCUGGAGAUGAAAAGCGAGAACCAGAGUAGACAGACCAAGCAUAAUGUACAGAAUAAAUCCAAGAGUCCAAAAGUCACCAGAAGACUGAAAAGGUGUCUUUGGCUUUUCCCACCUCUUGACCUGGAGGAGGAUGCAGCUCCGGUCCCUGUGUCUGACACCACCAGAGAACCACCAGAGACCAGGAUGUCAAAGAAGAAGAAGACUUUCCCCAGACUACCUGUCACACAGGAUGCAGAGAAGUUUCAUGAUGGCCCAACUAACACCAGUAGCACCAAUACCAUCCCAAAGAGAAGGUGCCUUUUCCCAACCCUGAUGUCUGAGCCAGACCCAGUGCCUCUCUCUGAGCCAGACCCAGUGCCUCUCUCUGAGCCAGACCCAGUCCCUCUCUCUGAGCCAGACCCAGUACCUCUCUCUGAUCCAGCUGAGACCAGCAAGCCCCAGCAGAAGGCAGGAAUCUUCAACCCACCUGCCACAAAGCGACUGAAGAGGACCAGAAAGUUGGAGCCAGCCCCAGGCCUUCUCUCUGAGCCACCAGAGAGCAUGAAGUCAAAGGAAAUGGAGAUCCCAGGUCCACCUGCCACAAAGAGACUGAAGAGGACCAGGAAGUUGGAGCCAACUCCAGCCCCUCUCUCUGAACCUCCAGACCCCAGAAAGUCAAAGAAGAAGAAAAUAAUCCCUGGCCCACCUUCCACUCAGCAAGUGAAGAGAUCCAGAUCUCCUCCCAGCCCCUGGACCCCUAACCUAGUGGAGAUUAGACCUCCUACCUGUGAGAUAGGUGUAACUACAUUUACCUUGAGAUCGAAGGUAGCGACAAGCCCUACCUUGAAGUCAGGUGUAGUCACAUCCCCAUCUAGCGGUGAAGCCUUCUCCACAUCCCCUGAGAGGAAGAUGAGGAAGAAGAACAGGAAGAGGGCCAGGUGCAGUGGUGCGGCCGUUCCCACCCCCCCUGAGAGGAAGAUGAAGAAGAGGGCGAGGUGCUGCCCUGUCCCGCUGAACAACCCCUUGUCUGUCUGUCGGUCGAAGAGGGCCACCCAGGGCAGGAAGGCCUGUGUGUGGUGUAAACAUGAGAAAGAGUGGAUGAAGACCAUCUGGCAGUGUGAGGCCUGUCAGGUGGCCCUCUGUCUCAUACCGGGCAGAAACUGCUUCAGGGCCUGGCACAAGACUCACAAGUGGAACGAGGAAGUCAUCUUCAGUCUGUUUUCUUAAAUGUUGUCACAAAUAUGUGGGUCUAGAGCUUCAGCAUGAGAUAUUAAUGGUUUGUGGUCAAAAAAGCCCACUUUCAAUUCCUAGUUCAUAUGGUUUUAGUAGAAUUCAGGCAUACAUGCAUUAAAUAAUAAAUAUUUCCUUUGUGGGUGAUUUUGCAUAAAAAGGAAGUUGAAAAGUUUGCUACAUUUUCUUAAAAUCCCUUUUCCUCAUGUUGUUUAAGUUGACAUAUUAAAUACAUUGUUAA